CUAACGUUUAAAACUUCCGCGUCAUAAAUAUAUUUUGAAGUCUGUCUCAAUGAAACACUUGAGCAAAAUUUCCUUGUUUAACUCACUUCAAAAUAUGAUUUUAGCUUGUACUUUGGUAUAUAUGAAAUAAUGAUGGUCGGAAUACAAGCUUUAUGGUAUUUGUGUUAUAUAAUCUGUAGUGUAUACACGGUGAUUUGUUUAAGUUUAGAAGUUAAUCAGGUGAUAAAGGAAUCAACAAAUAUAGACAAUGUUGUAAACAAUGCUAAUCCAUCUGAUCAGAAAACAGAAAGCGAGUCAAACAAUCAAAGUCUUGCAGGAGGACAAGUAUCAAUCGACUGUCUGCGCUGUCUGUGUCUAGAAAGAUCCGACUGUCGGCCGAUCGGGUGUGUGAUGGUAGCAGGCACAUUAGGCUGUGGGUUCUUCCGAUUCACAAAUGCCUUUUGGAUUGAUUGUUAUGAGCCGGGUGGAGAUUGGCGAACAUGUGCGAAUGAUUUACACUGUGCAUCUCAUUGCGUUCAAGUUUAUAUGAAUCGCUACGCCGCAAACUUUAGCUGUUUUCUAAAUUGUGAAGGGUAUGCUCGAGAACUGGCUGGUGGCCCAAAUGGUUGCAACAAUCCACGCACGAUAGCAUACUGGGAAAAAGUGCAAACAGUUCCCGGAUGUAAAGGAGUUCAAUAGCAUAGCAUGCAUUUUUGUGUGGACAAUAUUAAUGCGUUUAUAAGUGCGUUCAUUUCAACAUAACGAAACGAUCUCACCGCAUAUUGAGGCAUUCAGCGCAAAGAUGUGCAUUGUACAUGUCAAUAAUCGCAAAGUUCAGUGUAAUAUAGAUGUAUAUACAUUUAUAGAUCUGCAUUAAGUUACGAAAAUUUGACGCUCAAAAUGCGGGCUUAUAGCAAACAGAGUAAUAUUGGAACACAGAUGUUGGUAUGAAAAAUCGUCCCUUUCUUUAAAUGACAUAACAUCGACAGUUAGUUUUUCUUUUUCUACGUUAAGUUUCGUUUGUUUGUUUUUUGCCUUAUAAUGUUAUGCAUAUGCGCAAGUAAAUUUCUUUCUUGAAGAAAUGCAUAACUUAAGGGUAAUUACAUGCAUUUUUUGGCAGAUUUACAAUAACGUCUGUAUAGUACCGUAUUGUGUAACAAAAUACAAAACAAUCAUGCUGUUCACCAUGCUGCCGGGGAUCAAAAGCAAUAAAUAGAUAAGAGUGGCAGGCCUGCUUCUUUUCUGUUUUUAAUUUAAAUCAAUUUUACCCUCACUGAAUAAAAUAAAUGUAUACAUAACUAUAUAUGAUACAAGCUAUAGGUUAGCUGAAAAUAACUUGAUUAUACAAAACAUGAUCGUGACAUGACGUAGAGGAAGAUGAGACGUAACUUUACGUUACAUACGUAACUUUACGUUACGUUGCGUAAAUAAUGUAAGCGUAAACGUUUACCAUAGUAUUUGAUAACUUAGCAGCCCCUCAAUUUGUAAAUUUUGUGUGCUAUACAUGAUUCACAGUUUACAGUUUUAUGUAUGAUUGUAAAUAUGCAAUUGUUGAUAGAUGCCAAUAAAAAGUUUUGCUUUAA